GAAGUGAUCCCAGCCGGGUGGGGUCAGAGGCAGCAGUUCCGGGUCGGCGCCUGGCGGAACCAUGACCUCCCUCCGGGCCUUCACCUGCGACGACCUCUUCCGUUUCAACAACAUUAAUUUGGAUCCACUUACAGAGACUUAUGGGAUACCCUUUUACCUACAGUAUCUGGCUCAUUGGCCAGAGUAUUUUAUUGUUGCAGAAGCACCAGGUGGAGAGCUAAUGGGUUACAUAAUGGGUAAAGCUGAAGGGUCCGUGGCCAGGGAGGAGUGGCACGGGCAUGUCACUGCUCUCUCUGUUGCGCCCGAGUUCCGCCGGCUGGGUUUGGCUGCUAAGUUGAUGGAGCUACUGGAGGAAAUUUCAGAAAGAAAGGGUGGAUUUUUUGUGGAUCUCUUUGUAAGAGUGUCGAAUCAGGUUGCAGUAAAUAUGUACAAGCAGCUGGGCUACAGUGUCUACAGGACAGUACUAGAGUACUACUCAGCUAGCAAUGGGGAGCCUGACGAAGAUGCUUAUGAUAUGAGGAAAGCGCUUUCCAGAGAUUCAGAGAAGAAAUCAAUUAUACCAUUACCUCAUCCUGUGAGACCUGAAGACAUCGAAUAACUUUAAGCUGUGGUUCUCAGGCAGCUUACCAAAAAUAACAUUUAUGGACAAUUUAAAAUUUACAGCGCAAAGAGCAUCAAGUGUUUUUUGAAGGUAACAGAAAAGAUCUUGGAUAGAUAUGGAGAAGGCACGGGGUUAAAAAAGGAGUUUAGGCAGAGUGUUUUACUUUUCAUAAAGCCCCAAACGCACCAAUAGAAAGUUUACAGUUACACUGCUUAUAUUUUGAUUUCCUGCUGUUUAUAAAAAAGCAGACAAGUUUAAACAUUCCACCAUCAUGUUUUAUACCACAUAUUAAAACUUAGUGAUGGAAAAUAUCACUGCUUCCUCCUACUGGGCCUGAGAAUCACAGCUUGAAUGUUUUUUUGUUCUAACAGUUGAAGCUCUAAGGGUAGAUAUGAAAAAGAUGAGGUGCAUAAUAAAAUACAAAUUCAGUGUGAUACUGGUUUGUGUAAAGUUGA